AUGUCAAAAACAGGAUCCAAAUUAUUGAAUUAUGCUGAUCAAACUAAAACUCCGAUUCUAACUAUUAAUAUCUGUGAAGAUUUUCAACCUAAAGGCUGGUUAGGUGCUAUUUUAGCUCCCACAAAGAGUUGCUCAACUAAUUUUGAUGAAGUUAUUCAAUCCUUAAUUUCAUUGGGAAUCAAAACUAAUCAUCUUGUUCUUGAACGAAAUGAAGAAAAUGAACCACAGCCAAUAGAAGAGUAUCUAUUUUAUGGCGGAACUAAAUUGGGGGAUUUGAGCGCCAAUUAUCAUUAUUCUGGUCAAGAGUUUCUGAUGGAAUUUAAGUUUUUGGGUCUGAAAAGUGGUAAAGUAUUUGGUGUAGGAGAUGAUGACGUUGGAGCUUUUACUCUUGCUGGUCACUACAAACUUGAAGAUGGUUGUGGUGAUAUCGAGAUGCAUAAGCAAUAUGUUGGGAAACAUUCCGUUAAAUAUGAAGGAAAGAUGUCUUUCAAAGCAAUAACUUGUGUAAUAGAAGGACAUUGGAAAAUAGAAGAGAUGAGUGACAGAUUUUGCAUGCAUUUGACUCUUCCACGACCAUACACAACAGAAAGGGAGAAGACACCACUACCGAAAGUUUCACCAAGACAAGGCAGUAAAGUUAUGAUUUCCUAUUGUCCAUGUCAAUAUGAUUUAGCUCAAAAGAUCACCGAAGGAUUGAUUGCUAAAGGUAUUCCAGCUGUUUGCCCACCAAUGCGAGUGCAUGAUAUGAUAAAAAUAGCAGCUCAAGAAGCAAGAGUAGUCGUACCAUUAAUGAGUGAUGCAUAUGAAGCAUCUAAUACUGCAAAGUAUGUUCUGUCGUAUGUCGAUGAAGCUGGCAUUCCAAUAGUUCCUGUCAAGACGCAAGAUCAUUAUGCUCAAAGUGGUUGGCUUGGCGUCAUUUGCGCUGGUGCAUUAUGGAUACGGAUAACGAAUACUAGUGACUUUGAAAAAAGACUUAAGGAUCUUACAAAACAAUUACAUCCAUAUAUUAGCGAUUCUGUCGAUGAAGAACAAUUCGUCGAUACUCUUGUUGAUGAAACUCUUCCACAAGGUUAUUAUAUUCAGUGGGGGCAAAAGUUUGAUAUGACGUUUAAUAUGUUUGCUUUGAUAAAUGGAUGUAUUGCUGGUGAAGGACAUGAUGAAAUUGGCGGCUUCGUAAUUAAUGGGAAAUAUACUUGUUUACCAAAUAAAAAAGACUUCGAAUUUCAAUUUAAAAAGCACUAUAUUGGACAACAUGAUGUUCAGUAUUUUGGAACUAUAACUAAACAUGGAUCGCAAUUGUUUUUUGAUGGAAGAUGGCUUUUAGAUGCCUUAUCGGACAGCUUUCAUCUAGAAGUCUCUUGUAAUCAAUCAUCAAGGCCUAAAGGUCUUCAUAUUAUGUUGAGUUAUCAAUGGAAUAGUCAAGAGCUGGUUAAGCGAGUAGCAAAUAUGCUCAAACAAAUGAAUAUUCCCAUUUGGUUUGAUGUUGCUGGCGACAUGAAAGGAAAUAUCAAUUCUGCUAUGGCUAAUGGUGUUGAAGGUGCUGCAGCUAUUAUCAGUUUCAGUACUGUUGCUUAUAGUAAUAGCAUUAAUUGUCAAAAAGAAUUUACAUAUGCUCGUCAACUGAAGAAGUGUAUUGUUCCUGUUCUUCUUGAGAAUGAGAAGAAUCUCCAGAACACAUGGUUAGGAAUGAUAAUAGCUUCCUUAAACAAAGUCAAUAUGCAAGAUGAAAGUCAAUUGCAUCCCAGCUUCGAUAUUCUAGUGCAACAUAUUAAUAGAGCUCUUGAAGAGACACAAGAUGAAGAUUCUCAUCGGCCUCAUGUCAUUACACGGUUUGAAGGUAGUGCUGUGAGAGGAAAAUAUUAUCAGUAUGGUCAAGCUUUUGAUAUGGUCUUUGAUUUCUUUAGCUUAAGAGAAGGAAGAGUUUCAGGCCAAGGAAAUGAUGAUAUUGGACCUUUUACAAUGGCUGGAACGUAUGAUAAUGAAGGAAAAGUUUGCUUUGUAAAGCAAUAUGUUGGAAAACAUGCUGUUGAAUACGAAGGAAAUCUUCAUUAUGAUAACUUGGGUGGAUUCAAGAUUCAAGGAAAAUGGAACAUUAACGUUCUCACAGAUGAUUUCUCUCUAGAAAGCAUUAACCAUUUAAACGGUGAUACAUUGACUGAAAACAUUUAAUUAUUUGUAGUAAUGCCUAACUAAUUUUAACUCGUUGUCAUCAUUUUGUGGAACUCACAUAUGUUUUCGAAGAAAAUAGUGAGUGUAAGUUUUAGCAACGAGUUUUUUGCGGCUCCUCUCCCCCGUCCCCCCCUCCUCCUCGUUGAAACAUCACAAAUUAACCAAAACAAACAACCUACUGACCAUUACAGACAGCCUCUCUGACAAUUACAGACAACCUACUGAUCAUUACAGACAAUUCCCGCGCAUCAUUACAGACAUUAGCAACUAAAUGAAAAAAGGUUUCAACAAAAAUUGGAACUUGACUUUCAUUGAUUUAUAAAAGCUUUGAGUAACAUCUACUCUGACACCAUGCUUCAUUUAUUAGAACUGUUUCUUCUACAAUAAGAAACUAGAGUUUACUUUGAAGAAAAAAGGGUGUGUGUGUAUGUGUGUGGGUGUGGCUGUUGCUGUGGGCGUGGUGUGGGUGGGUGUGGGUGUGGGUGUGGGUGUGGGUGUGGGUGUGGGUGUGGGUGUGGGUGUGGGUGUGGGAUGUGGACAUAAGCUCUAUGAACAUUCGUAUCUAUACCUAAACCCAUAGUCACACCCCACGCGAAUACCCAUACACAUACUCCACCCACACCCACACCUUUUAUAUUACGACAGUUAAUAUAAAUAGAACACUUAUAAUUUGCUUUUUGCGUUCAAGUGCUUCAUUCAACAUAUGAUUAAAAAUCAUUGCGCACAUCGUAUUUUUUUCUGCUAUAUAGAAACAGAAAGCUUUUUUACAUUCGUUCUGUUCAUUAUAUUAAAAGGCUUCUCGGCUUCAUCAAUCUGUCGUGUAAUAGUUGUAUCAAUUUGGAGCAGCAGUAGAUCGAAAAAAAUAAAAGCCUGCACAGGUGGAUUCUAUCGUUUCUUUUUUAUUUUAAACUGCGAUUUGAAAACAAUGGCGUCUUCUUUUUCAAAACAAUGAGGGUUUAACAGGCUAAAAGAAGGCUUCUAUUUUUAGUACUUGACAGAGAUAGAAGGCCUGAAGAAUUAUUCACUCUUAUCUAUAUAUCAAUAAAUCUCUAUGCAUCCUUUUUCAUAGUUGGAGCCUACGAGGUUUGGAGGUCGCCAGGAUUUUUCCCCACUGUACUCUUUAACUUUCAAAUGUCUCCUAUGAAACGGCCGCUUAUUGUACAUUUGAGGCGCAGGGACUUCAAUUUGAAAAAGGGUGUGGGUGUGGGUAUGGAUGUGGGCGCGAAAGUUAGAGUUCGUGUUCUCUUUAACAAGACCAACACCCAACCACACCCACAUUCUGUUACAUAUAUGAUUCAGCUGGAUUCUCUGUGGAAUAGUUUCAUUCCUUCGUUUCCAAUUAGGGUUUGGUUCCGGGUGAUUAUAUGAUUCUUGGUUGAAAAUAUGUCGAAAAAUAUUACUAACAAUGGAGGUGUGUGUGAUGUAACUCAAGGAGAUAGGACAUAUUCGGGUCAAAUUAAAGGUCUCACUGUCAAACUAACAAAUUUAAAAUAUGAUGUGCUUAUGGCUUGCCUGGAUCGAGAUAUUCGAAUUUCACGAUGUGUGAAAUUUAGGUAUAAAAAUGAAUCAGGAAAGAUUUUCUCCACUAUUGUAAGGACAAAACAUAGUGUCGUUCCGGCCAACUAGGGGAUUUGGAGGGGUCCUCUUUCAUAUGGCUCGAGCAACACCAUGUUUUGUCCUUAUAAUAGUAGAGUGCAUUUUUUUGGUGGCUGAUAGGAAACGCUGUUUUCUAUGAGCUACAGA